AUGUCAACCUCUUCAACGGCGCUUCCUUCCGGAGUGAGCCCGCCUCUUACAACAGACAAUGCCGACAAUCAUACGGGGUUGAUUGUAGUAAUUACGGCGUUUUGUUUGGUGCUGAUUGUUGCUUCUCUUGCUGCGCGGGUUUUUUCCUCUUAUCAGAGGCAUAUUCUCCAGCAGGAUGACUAUUUUUUCGGCGCACUUGUGAUAGUAUCAUCGGCACAAGCUGCAGUGGUGUUAUCACAGGUCCAUUAUGGCUGGGGAGCUCGAGAAGGCUCUGGCAACGCGACUGGCGAUCGAAUGCUGAAAGCCGGAUACGCUGCCGACAUUUUAUCCAUGAUUGUACUAGGAUGCUCUAAGAUAACUACCUGUCUGUUCUACGAGGGUCUUUUCUCAAACAGGCAGAGCAGAGCGAUUCGCAUAAUUCUGGCGGGAACAAUUAUUUGGACGGUGCUUUCGGUGCUCCUUGUCGCAAUUCGAUGUAGCAGUGAUCCAUGGUCCGACAUCAGCGCUGCGCAGUGCAGCACCCUGCUUCCGCGAUGGCAAGCCAUCACAGCAAUCGAUAUUGUCACCGAGGUCAUGCUGUUUGUAUAUUCAGGGCUUGCAGUCUACAGAGUCAGGAUAUCGACAAAAGAAAAGAUAAUGGUUUUUCUGGCUCUCGAGAGUCGAGUCUUACUCAUUCCUCUCGCGGCCAUUCGUUUUUACUAUACCAGUGUCCAGCUCGACUCAACCCAUCCAACUCUGCUCGGUGCCUUUGCAACAGUGACGACCGAGAUAUACCUCGCUUUGAGUGUCGUGUGCCUGGUUACGGCAUUUGUCAAAUCUUUCAUCGCAGCGUACGAGGAUAGGGACGGGAUCUCAUACACAGAAGGUGCUUCCGGAUCUGGGUCCAGAUCAUUGAAGCAGGACAUUGGGUCUGCCAUCUCCAGCAAAAUUCGCUCACCGGCAUCUACAAGUACCAGCGAGGGCCAAUUGAGGGGCUGGGAAUGCGAGGAGGAUCCUAUAAUGGAACAUGAUCCCGAGACCAUUGGACAGGGAUUGCACGUUCUGAAAACGGUGCAUUUCAGUAUGCGGGACGAGUCUAUUGAGCUUGCAGACCAGAGAACUGCACAUUCAUGA